UCGGCUUGUUCAGCGCUGUCUAGUCGAGCCUGUCAACAACACUGCAACCUGAGACGGGAUAGCCAGCCAGUUGGCUAGCUAAGUAAACCAGCUAAGUUAGCUGCACAGCUAGCCCCUGUAUUAACCAACUAUCACGACUCGUAAUUAUUCCUCCGAGUCGGCGAGAUGUAUUGUUUUUGAAGUUGUUUCGACAAGAGAAGAGGCAAAACUGACUUUCUCAUUUGGCUCCUUCAGCUCCUUCCUCCUGUGUGAUAUGACAUCGCUGCUCAGUUACAACAAAAGCCAGAGCUCUACAGCAGACGGUUGACAUUUGGUCAGGUGCUGUUGAAGAGGAUGGCUGCUGAGGUAGAAGUUCAGACGGGGGAGGUGGGGAGGACGGUGGUGGGAGGACGACUUCAUCUGAGCCCCCUGACUGAUUCCAGCAAUAAGAGCCUCAUCGAGAUCCCUUCUAUCAACCCAUCCCAUAUCAUCACUCCAGAACCUAACAAACCUGUCCCAGGUCCCAAGCCACGGCUCACUCCCAAACCUUUUGCUGUGGAGAGAAACCCUACUAUUAAGCCCAUAGUUGCUCCGAAGCCCCAUACCAAGCCCCGACCAGAGUCCACUCGCCUCCCUGGAUAUAAACCAGAGCUUCCACCAAGUCCAAAACCACAGCAACCAGUUCCUGCUGUCAAACCCAGGCCAGUGUCAACUAAUCCGAACCGACCUGCCCCCACCACCUUUAAAACAUCUAAUAAGUUGAACACUGGACAAACAACCAAGCCAGUAGUCCAGCCUUUUAAACCAGCCCCUUCUCUUGACCCUGGAGACCCCAGUAAACCUAUUCCUCCUCUAGCAGCAGCGAGGCAGAAACCUGGUUUAUCCAACUUGGCCUAUUCUAAGAGCCUUAAACAACUUCCAGCAGCAGAGUGGUCUGGAACCACUAAAAAUGAAGAUGAGAAGGACCAGAUGACACCCAGCAAAGGUGGGACCUCCAUUACCAGGGCCAAGUCCAUGGGGUUUCUCGUUCAGGUAGGGCAGGAGGAAGAAGAAAAGGAAAAAGCUAACUCUGAGGCAGCAGUGCCACUGCGGCCGCAGCCCAGAAGCUCCAGGCCCAGACCUGUAUCAGCCAUUUUCCUCGAUAGUCCUACAAAGACAGAGACACCAGUUCCUGCCCCUCGCUGGGCCAGACGACCACUUUCAGCUGAUCUCACGGCCAAGUUUGAGUCAAUUGGUCUGUCACUGCACCGUAAAACUCCCAAGGCAAAUACUAAGGAGAACACUCCUGAGGAGGAGGCACUGCCACUGAAGAGAGAGCAGGAAAAAACCCCUAAGAGCACCUCACCACAAAGCACUGAUGGUGUAGCUCCGUCUGCUGUCUCAGACCAAAGCAACAAAAAGACAGAAGAAAUGACUGUGAAAGAGACCGAUGAGGAUAAGCGUGCAGUUAGCAUCAAGUCGCGAAUCAGUCUUCUCCUCGAUUCCUCAUCCUCUCCUGGGACAGUUGUCAUAGGCCAAGGGUCAGAUCUCCACUCUCCAGUGCAGCCGGUCCCUGAACCCGAACCAACAGUGGGUGUCAAACAGCUCAUCAAACAGCUGACAGAGGACACAACACCAACUCAGAGCCCUGUUUUGAAACCACCACUGAGGCCCCGCCCCUUGCCCCUCGACCUGACUAAAAGGUUUUCAUCUGAGUGGUCACCAGACCUGGGCAGUGUUUCCCUCAGUGAGGCACCAGACCAUCAUGAGAUCAGCAAAGAUCCUCACUGGAGGACCGAAGAUUCAGCUCUCACCCCUAGUGACCAGAGGACAUUUGUGGAUUUAAAAGAUUCCCAAGUGCAGCUCAAAAAUGCCUCCACACCUGAAACACCUGAGGCAGGACAGAAGUUUGGCGCUACUUCCAAGGAAAGUGGUCCCAGCAGUGACGUACAGACAGUGAGAGCAUCCUUGUUUGAAAAUGUUGUGGAGAGGCACAGUGUGCUAAUGGUGGAGGACAGCAAGCCAUCAAACAAGGCUAACGAUUCACUCAGCAGCCCAUCAUUGAAGAGAGGAACUGGUGAAGAUGAGGGAACUCUGGUCACUGCCACUUACAAAGAGCCUGUAUCUCCAUCAAGUCCCCUGCGGGUGUUACAUGCCUUUGACACUGUGCAGGCAGUGGAAGAGAACAGGGCAGUAAGUGAGAACAUCCCAUCAGCUCAGCGGGAGGAUAAGGCCAUGACGCUGCGCUCCAGGCGCUCAGAAGGGAGCAGGCCGGUGGCAGACAGGACUGGUUUAGCACAAGGCGAACCAGCUGUGGCUACGAUGCCAGAACCGCAGCCUCGAUAUCUUAGAGUUGGAGCCUUGCCUAAGUGGAAUAAUACAGGUCCCGAACAAGAGGCUAGUGUGGAUAAAGGGAUGCUAAAGGAAUCACAAAGGGAAGGAGAAGUGGCGUUGCAUCAAGACAGAGGGAGGCACAGAGAGGCAGAACAGGAGGAAGUGGCUGCAGCACCUAAACGUUUGAAAAUACUGCAGGCAGAAGAACAGCCGAAACCCAGGGCAACUUUCUUUGCUCUGACUGGACAAAUACAGGAGCCCGUUUCUCCUGUAGAUCCAGGAUCAAAGAUAGAGGAUAUGAAUGUGCACUUUGAUGAAUUCUCUGUGAGGUCUGCAGCAGGUAGCUCUCAAGGGAAGGUCCUUCCAAUAAAGAGGAAUCCAUCAUUUGAAGAAGCAUUUGGAAAAACCUCUCAAGAUCAAGUUGAGGAGUUGAUGAUGAGGAGUCACAUGUCCCACAGGGAGAUUAGAUCAGUGUUGGACGGACAGACGACAGAGGAAAUGAUUGAAGUUGAAAAGAAACGAGAACUAAAAAAGGAGACUGAAAGACACAUGGCAAAAAUGAGAGAGCUUGAGAGGGAAAAACAGAGACACCUGGAAAUGGAGAAAGAAGCACAUUUAGAAUUUGCACGAAUGAAGGAGAGGGAGAUGCAAAGAGAAUAUGAAAGGCAAAGACAGAAGGCCUUUGAGAAGGAGAAACAGGAGUUUGAGGAGAAACAACGUGCACUAGAGCUUGAAAAAGAGAAACUGCAAGAAAUUGAGAGAAAACGACAAAGAGAACUUGAAAAAGAAAAACAAGAAUUGGAGCGACAGAGGAAGAUUGAAAGAGAGAAACUGCGAGAGCAGGAAAGGGAGAGACAGCGGGAACUGGAGAGGCAAAGACAAAGAGAACUGGAAAUAGAAAGGCAAAGACAACUUGAAAAAGAAAAACAAGAGUUGGAGCGACAGAGGAAGAUUGAAAGAGAGAAACUGCGAGAGCAGGAAAGGGAGAGACAGCAGGAACUGGAGAGGCAAAGACAAAGGGAGGAAGAGCGACAGAGAGAACUCGACAAGGAGAGAAAGCUGCUGGAAAUCCAAAAGGAGAAACAGAGAAUGGAGGAGCUGGAGAGACAGCAACUCUUAGAGUUUAAGAAACAGAAGGAGAGGCAGCAGAUCCUGGAGCUCGAGAAGCAGAGACUUAGAGAGAAGGUGGAGAGAGAGGAGGCUGAGAAAAUUAAACAGAUGGCAUUAGAACAGGAAAUGUUAAGACUGAGAGAGCUUGAAAAAGAAAGGGAAAGACAAAAGGAGAUGGAGAGGGAGCGUCAGAAAGAGAUUGAGAGGGAAAAGCAGAGAGAGCAGGAGAGACAGAGACAAAGAGAUUUGGAAAGGGAGAGACAGAGACAACUUGAUAUUGAGAGACAGGAACUAGAAAACCAGAGACUGAGACAACGAGAGAUGGAGAAGGAAAAGCAGAGGAAGGAGGAGUUAGAGAGAUUUAAAGAGAUGGAGAGAAGACAGCUCUUGGAGUUGGAAAAACAAAGGCAGGCAGAGAGGGAGAGACAACAAAUUAUGGAGCUUGAGAAGCGUAGACUGAGGGAGAGGAUGGAAAGGGAGGAGGCAGAGAAAAUGAGACAGAUAGCCAAACAGCAAGAGGCAGAGAGGCAGCGACUAAAAGAAAAACAGAAGAAAGAGGAGCAAGAGAGGGCCAGGUUAGAGUCCUCACCUCUCAAGCCGAAAGUGUUGGAUCUGGACACUGUGCUUCGAAAUGACCCAUUUUCGAAGGCUACUCCUCAACGCAGUGACCCUUCAACACGUUGGAAGGAGCCAUCUCCAAGAGCAGAAGAGUCUUACAAACCUGCCAUCCUUGACAUAGACUCUUUCACAUCUCAAAGUCAGCUCUUCCCCAGUAAAGACUUGUUUCCUUUUUCUGGUAUUCAGGGUGGAGAUGCUGGGUUUGGAGCUAGAUUACAGCCAACACCUGAUGUAGAUGUUAGCUGGAGGGUGCCACCACAGACUUCACUAGGUUUCACAAGCCCAGUAUGGACAACGUCUCCUCAGGACCCGUGGGAGCUGCGGCCUGUUGAGAUGUCUGUGGACAAACCCAUGGCUGAACCCAGAAAACAUGGCAACAAAGUCAGCCUAGAGCAACUCCUCCUCAGGCAGGAGGAGCGGCACCUGGCUCCACAGAGGCCUUGGCCUGCUGCGCUCGAUGAACCACAUCAGUUGGCCCCUCUUUCCUGGACAGAAGCCAAAAGUGGAGGCUCUACAGGUGGACUCUCCAGCAGUGCUUCUGUAGAGCAGAUAUGGGUUCCCAGAGAGUCACGGGCUCAAGACAGCAGUGGAGAGGUCCGUAGCCACAGGAGGUCACAGGGAUCUCAGGAGUUAAACAGGAUGCGCUCUCGCAGCGUGUCACGGCGAUCAGCUCCUUCAAGCGUUGCUGUGGAGGGAAGCCUUUCCAGGAUGAGGAGUCGCAGCGCUCACAGAGAGCAGGACCGCAACAGUUGGGUGCAGCAGAAGCAAAGUGGCAGUGGUGACGAGGAGGGGAAGGACUCUGGAACACCGGCCCGUGACACUGACAGUCAGUAUGGAACCUGGGAGACAGGACUGCGCACCGAUGACAGCCUCACUCCUGCCACUCCUAGUUCAGAGAGCAAUCUCAGCCCUUCACCAAGGAAGCCCACUCCCGCACACACGCCUGAAGAUCCUGCCUCACAGUUUGAUACUAACACUGUGGACAGCCUCCCUCCUUCAUCCUCAUCUGAGAGCCAGCCACUCCCUUUCCCUGAUGUCCCUGUCACUCUGUUAGACACUAGUGCUCUUCGCUCCAGAGCCCAGCUGGGGAAGAAACGGGCACCACGGACACGGCCCUCCAGAGCUGCCAGACAGAGUGCUCCACAGAGAGAGGAAGAAACCACUGAGGACUGGCGUUACAGAGACUCCACAGAGGCAAAGGUUGAGAGUAAGGACGCUGACUCGGACUCAGAGGAGCAAGCCAGAGGAGCUGACUCCAGCCCUGCUCUUUCCUCUCAGCCACAGAGGAUCGCCCUGUUCCCUGGGAUGGACCCUUCAACUUUAAAGGCCCAGCUGAAGAAGAGGGGUGACUCUGACAAUCAAAUCGAUGGAGCGUCUUCCUCUCCCUCCCAGCUUUCUCGCUCUCCCAAGUCCCCCUUCCUUGCCAGGGCAGCACGUGUACUGCCCCCACCUGGUGGGAAAGAGAAUGGCGAGGAGGACUCACCCCAGUGGUUGAAAGAGCUGAAGUCCAAGAAGCGCUUGAGUCAGUAUGAAAAUGAGAGCUAAGUAAAUAAUGAGGUUGCCUUAACAGAUGAAUCUAUAUGAAACAGAAGCCUUAACGAUCGACCCAGAGAGGAGGAGAGGUGAAUCUACAGCUGCUGAUGUUUUUUUUCUCUGUUUUUUUGUUCUCUUCUCAUCUGGGUUCAUAAAUGUGCAUGGUGCCUUUUUUUUACGGAGAGUCUCUGUCCUAUGGAAAAAGAAAAAACAAGCAAGGAGGAAUAAAAACACCAGGCUGCUCUGCUUUAUCCAUUUCAUGCUUGAACCUGUCGAAACUCUCCUGCACCAGGAGGCACUUAUACGAACAUUUUAAUGGGGACCAGGUGAAGUUGAGGGGGAAAAGGGAGAGGGGGGCGAUUAUUGAUAAUUAUUUCCUGUCAGGCCGCAUUUCAGGAAAUGGUUAACUUGUGGGACCACGACGCCUCUUUAUCCUGGACAUGCUUCAUCACAUGCUGGAGGACAAUCCAGCCAAUCCUCUUCAAGAUGUUUGUAUUUAGUUUCCUUACUCGACUAAUAUGUACAAGGUGGCCCUGUCUGCGUCGGACAUGAUAUUGGUCAGUGGAGGCUGCUGAUGGGAGUCACACAAGCAUUGCCAUAGGAUAACAUUUCAGACACUAAUGAUUUUCCUUCUUUAACAUAGAGAACAAAUCACUGCUGACUUGAUUGCCAGCCAGAGUGUAUAUCAUGUUAGUAACUGUAAUCAGGAGAUGUUAUAUUUGUAUUAUUGUUGAUUUAACAGAGACAGAGAGCUAGUUUUGAAAACAUUAAGCUGCAUCACUACAAUAGACUUUGUUAUACUCCGCGACCCUAACAGUGUCACAGUUGCUGCAUAGUGUAUAUAUGUUUUUGUCUAAGUAUCUUUUUUGUCUUUGUGGAAGAGAGACAGGGGACUUUUGGCCAAGUGACUUUGCACCUGUCAAUCAUGCACACUCCUUAUCAGCACAAAUACACUCUUUGAUCUUUUUUAAAAAACACUAAUCAGCCUGUCUUCCCUCCUUUAACAGACUGAAUAACUGUAGCUGUAAGCAUUCAUUAUAAGCCAUACUUUAACCUUGUAGCCCUCACACACUCCACUUUUUUUUUCCAACAAAUGUGCAAUUUCCCUCAAUUUGUGUCCCCAGUAAUGUGCAUGCACAAUCUUUGCUGUCAAACCAGGCGUUGCUUAAACUGACUGGUGCAGAGUGUCGGGGUGUUGGCUCUCACUACUCCAGUGGAGGGAUGUUUGUUCACUACAUUGUGUGAAUGACUCCACCCUCUGUUACUCCAAAUAAAAUUGAACAUUUGCACCUGCUUUCCAACUUCACUGUAAUCUUCCUCAUGUUUGCCAUCCACCCAACCACACUGCGCUCCUAUAAAGCACUUUGUCACUUGAUGCACUACAGCACUGACCUCUGCCCCCGUCUUGUUGGACAUGUCUCAUCUCCUGUAUUGUUGGAGUGCUAAUGCAAUGCAAGUGAAUGUGUCGAUCGAAUCUUCGGAGUGAUUGUCCCUGGUUUCUAUGUACAUGACGUUUUACUUUGUCAUGAAAGUUAAGGGUUUAUUUUUUAUGUCCUUCUUUGUCCUUUUUUCAUUCGAAAGUAAAGAUGUAUAUUGCACUGUGUUGUACUGGCCAGUGUCCUAAAGUGAAUACAUUCUUAAUAAAAUUUACUUGACUUGAGCUACA